AUGCUAUUCCAAUUCUUCACCUUCCUCAUCCUCAUCCUCGUCGUCAUCGGUUGCGGUGGUGGCGGCGGUGGCCCUCGCAAAAGCAAAAAAAAGAAAGAGAAAGCCCAAGAGCCGGUGACGCCGGAAUCGGUUGAAGAGCCGGAAGCGCCGUCGAAGGAAGCGAAGACAAAGAAGGCUUCUGCACCCAGCCGGGAAGCCAAGUCCGCCCAGGACGGGGCUUACGAAGACUACGACCUAUCGCCCGCCAAA